AUGCGCUCUUGCACCAUUUUCCGGGCAAUAAUGGCGUCCUACAGGGCGCUGUGCAGGUUACAUCUGAGGGGACAGGGGAGCUUCAUGACAUGUGUACAGAAAGCCCAUAUAUGUGUAUCACGAAGUGUCGGAACAAAAGUCGUGGCCACACAAGCUGAGGACUCUGGGAAAGACGAAAGAGAGGAAAAGGCCGGACCAAAGUCUUUAUCUGCUUUCCUGGUUGAGAGACAAGAACAGGCAGAGAGAUCUGUUCUUAUCAGCUGCCACCCCAAAACCAGUGAGAAAAAGUUCCUCAAGUAUUUAUCUCGACAUGGAGACAUCAAGAAGCACUUCUUUUAUGACAGUUAUGGGACCUACGCGGUGGUGGAGUUUUCUACCCAGGACGGUGUCAGGUCGUUACUGGACGCUGCUGUCAUUCCCAGCGUCAGCCAUGAAUCCGCAGUGCCUUUUAAAUCCAGGCUGCUUUCAUUAAGGACCACCGGUGCUGUGAACCAGAGCGACCAACAGCCGGGCCUUCAGUGCCGACCGCAGAGCACCGUCCCCAUCAGUGAGCUGAUCCAGACACUGGCCCGACAGGAGACUGUGGAUCAGCAGAUCAUGUGUCUGACCCAGGCCUAUCAGCUGACGGAGGAGAACAGCCGGCUGCGCUUCCUCGUCUGCUCGCUGCUCAAGGAUAUUGCCGCCGCUUAUUUCCCAGAAUGCACCGUCAAGCCGUUCGGUUCGUCUGUGAAUGGCUUUGGAAAGUUGGGCUGUGACCUGGACAUGUUCCUGGAUCUGGAUGACAUCAGCGGGAGGGACGUGCAGACGCCAAAGUCUUCUCUGUCGGUGGAGUACCAGAUGAAGCGGGCCACUUCGGAGCGGGCCGUCACCCAGAGCAUCCUGUCUGUCAUCGGGGAGUGUGUGGACCAGUUCGGACCCGGGUGUGUGGGGGUCCAAAAGAUUCUGAAUGCCAGGUGUCCCCUGGUCCGCUUUUCCCAUCAGCCCUCUGGGUUUCAGUGCGACCUGACCGUCAAUAACAGGGUGGCGCUGAAGAGCACAGAGCUGCUCUACCUGUACGGCCUCCUGGACCGCCGUGUGCGCCUCCUGGUGUUCAGCGUGCGCUGCUGGGCUCGGGCCCACAGCCUCACCAGCUCCAUCCCCGGGGCCUGGGUCACCAACUUCUCCCUGACCGUCAUGGUGCUCUUCUUCCUGCAGAGGAGGAGCCCCCCCAUCAUCCCCCCCCUGGACCACCUCCGACAGCUCGCAGGUCCGGCCGACAGAAGCGUGAUCGAAGGGAACGACUGCACGUUCGUCAGCGACUUCAGCAAAAUCCAGCUGCAGACCAACACGGAAACACUGGAACAACUGCUGAAUGACUUCUUUGAGUUCUACAGCACCUUCCCAUUCGGCAAAAUGUCCAUCAAUAUCAGAAAGGGUAAAGAGCAGAACAAACCGGAGGUGGCGCCGCUGCACAUCCAGAACCCGUUCGAAACCUCCCUGAACGUCAGUAAGAACGUCAACUCGUCCCAGCUGGAGCGCUUCGUGGCGCUGUGUCGGGAGAGCGCCUGGCUGCUGCAGCAGAGGGACGCCCCCCCCGGCCGGGGCCGCAGACGGGACCCCCCCGGCCUGGGGACUGGCCACCCUGCUGCUGCCGUCCCAGGUGGGAGGAGUCAAAAGUCGAAGGAAAAGGAAAAGGGAACCGGCCAUGCGAACGCAUCAAGAGUUUAUUAGAGUCUUUGAAGAGUA